CUUUCCCUUGUGUCGGCUCAACCUUGGGCUUUAGCAAUAGCCGAACCUUUUCUUCUUCUCUCAUCGCCUCUCUCUCUAUCUCCUUUGUUAUAUUCUCUAUCCUCCGCCGUCCAAAGAGAAACGUCAACCGGAGAAAUUUUCGAGAUGUCGACUGGAUUAGAUAUGUCUCUCGACGAUAUGAUCGCCAAGAACCGUAAGUCUCGUGGUGGAACCGGCCCCGCCCGUGGAUCUGGAUCUGGUUCCGGAUCCGGACCGGGUCCAACGCGCCGCAACAACCCUAAUCGGAAAUCAAAUCGAUCUGCUCCAUACCAAUCAGCCAAGGCGCCGGAGUCCACCUGGGGUCACGACAUGUUCUCCGAUAGAUCUGAAGAUUCCCCUUCCCGUUCCAGCCGUUCUUCCGCCGGAAUCGAAACUGGAACCAAGCUUUUCAUCUCCAAUUUGGAUUACGGUGUCAUGAACGAAGACAUUAAGGAACUAUUUGCUGAAGUUGGGGAACUUAAACGUUACACAGUCCAUUUCGAUAGGAGUGGAAGAUCUAGGGGAACUGCUGAAGUAGUGUACUCUCGGCGUGGUGAUGCACUCGCAGCUGUGAAGAAGUAUAACGAUGUUCAACUGGAUGGAAAACCCAUGAAGAUAGAGAUUUUGGGAACCAAUCUUCAAUCCGCUGGUAGACCUGCAAAUGGAAACUCCAAUGGUGCUCCAUGGAGCAGAGGAGGACAAGGGAGAGGUGGUCAACAACGUGGUGGUGGGAGUAGUGGUGGUCGAGGAGCCGGUGGCCGAGGUGGUGGUGGCGGCGGCCGUGGCAGGCGUCCUGGUAAGGGCCCUGCAGAGAAGAUAUCUGCUGAAGAUCUUGAUGCAGAUCUCGAUAAGUAUCAUUCUGGAGAUAUGGAGACAAACUAAGGAAAAGUGACUGAGCUUCUCAAACCACAAGAGGGUUUAGGAGGGAAGGAAUCUGAGAAAAACGUUUGCCAGAGUCUUUGGCCACUUGGAGCCUUUUUGGCUGUGUGUUGUUCAUUUGUUUCAUUAGAAUUACAUAUAGAAUUGAUAAUCUGUGUUAGACUUUAAUUUAAAGUUGUUAUCUUAAUACCUUCGAGUAAAAGGCAGAGGAAGGAAUACCAGUUUCAUCUACAGAUCAUAUGCGGUCCAGAAACCAGGGUUUGGUUAAAAGACUUCUAAUUCUGGUGA